UGCUAAGAAAAUGAGGAACACUUUCAUCAAUUACUCCUUCACACUGAAGUACGCUGGCUGUCGAAAGGCUUAUAUUUGACAAGAUUUUUUGCACUUUAUGAGACUGUUUUAGAAUUUUUGGAUACUAAAGAUAGAAUUUUAAAAGAAAAUUUAAUGAAGAGGAAAACAGACGUCGCCUAUUUAACAGAUUUGUUUACAAAAUUUAAUAUGGUUAAUUUGCAAUUACAAGGCGACAGUUUAAAUUUGAUUAAAACAAAGUCCAUCUUAUCAGCGUUUCUUGCCAGAGUUAAACUAAUGAAGCAAAAUAUUGGACGGUGCGAAUUUUCUCAGUUCCAGAAUUUGUCACAGACAAGCUGCCAGGAAGACGACGUUUCAACUUACGUUCAACAUUUAAAUGCCAUCUAUUCAGAUUUUGAAUCUAGGUUUGAGGAUAUUUUGACUAUGGUAAUAUCACCAUGGAUAAUUAAUCCAUAUGGUGACAUAGAAGAAACGAAUGUCAUAAUACAAGAAGAACUGACUGAACUAAGUACAAACGAAGAACUUAAGGUUCAGUUUAAAAACGGAUAUCAGCAAUUCUGGCUGCAAAACAACAUACCCGUUACUUAUCCCUUGUGUAAUGGGCGAGAGCCGGUUCUUUCAUUCGUAAACAAAGGAAACGCCGAGGAAAUAAAAAGACACUCCAAAGGAAAAAGAGAGCAACGGAGAAGCAGCGUUGUUUGUUUAAUAGCCAGCCUCGUUUGGAGUAUUGAGGCUCUUUUAGAAACGACUCUCCAACCUGGUACAUGCACUCUGUGCGCGAACGAGUUUUAUUUAUCUAUGGUUAUGGGCGCACUUAUCUUGCCUGUCAUAUCCCGAGAUAGCCAUUUUAAGGGAAAUGUUAUGGUGGAUGUUGCAAAACACAGAAACUGCCGUUUCGCCGCCGGCAAUGCUGCUGCUUCUGGUGAUCACAAUGCAGCAUGUUAUCCAAGAGUUCAUAUCAACAAUUUAUUCAAACACUUGAAGGCCAACUACAUGAUAAAAAGUCCUUUUGGAAAUUUGUCAAUUCCAAAAGGAGGAUCUUGA